AUGGCCGCCGCGCUCGCCGACAUGGCCGACCUGGAGGAACUCUCCCGCCUCAGCCCGGGGCCGGCGGCGCGGGGCGACGAGGAGGACGAGGCGGCGGCGGACGCGGCGGCGCGGGCGGCGGCGGCGGCGUUGCUGCGGCCCGGGGGCGCGGGCGGCGCGGGCGGCGGCGGCGCGGCGGGGCCCCGGCCGGAGCCGCCGAGCCCCGGGCGCGGAGGCCGCGACGACGACGACGACGACGACGACGACGACGACGACGAGGACGAGGACGAGGAGGAGAGCAGCGCCGAGAGCCUGGAGGGCUGCGGCGACGAGGCGCGCUCGCUCAGCCCCGGCGCCGCCAGCAGCAGCAGCGGCGACGGCGACGCGCGGCGCGGCCCGGGCGCGGCGCAGGGCCCGGCGGGCGGCGGCGGCGGCGGCGGCGGCGGCAGCAGCAGCAGCAGCGUGGUGUCGAGCGGCGGCGAUGACGGCUACGGCACCGGGGGCGGCGGCAGCGGCGGCAGCGCGACCUCCGGCGGCCGCCGGGGCAGCCUGGAGAUGUCGUCGGACGGGGAGCCGCUCAGCCGCAUGGACUCGGAGGACAGCAUCAGCAGCACGAUCAUGGACGUGGACAGCACGGUCUCCAGUGGGCGCUCCACGCCCGCCAUGAUGAACGGCCAGGGCAGCACCACCUCUGCCAGCAAAAGCCUCGCCUACAGCUGCUGCUGGGACCAGUGCCAGGCCUGCUUCUCCUCCAGCCCCGACCUGGCCGAGCACAUCCGCUCGCUGCACGUGGACGGCCAGCGCGGAGGGGUGUUCGUGUGCUUGUGGAAGGGCUGCAAAGUGUACAACACGCCCUCCACCAGCCAGAGCUGGCUGCAGAGACACGUGCUCACACACAGUGGCGACCGGCCCUUCAAGUGCGUGGUGGGCGGCUGCAGCUCCAGCUUCGCGUCGCAGGGGGGGCUCGCGCGCCACGUGCCCACGCACUUCAGCCAGCAGAACUCGUCCAAGGUGUCCAGCCAGCCCAAGGCCAAAGAAGAAUCUCCUUCGAAGGCUGGCGUGAACAAGAGGCGGAAGCUGAGGAACAAGAGGCGGCGGUCGCUGCCUCGACCACACGACUUCUUCGAUGCCCAGACCCUGGACGCCAUCCGACACCGAGCUAUAUGCUUUAACCUCUCCGCCCACAUAGAGAGCUUGGGCAAGGGCCACAGUGUGGUCUUCCAUAGUACUGUAAUAGCGAAGAGAAAAGAGGAUUCUGGAAAGAUAAAGCUCCUUCUUCACUGGAUGCCUGAAGACAUUCUGCCAGAUGUAUGGGUGAAUGAAAGUGAGCGGCAUCAAUUAAAAACUAAAGUAGUUCAUCUAUCAAAGCUACCCAAAGACACUGCCUUGCUUUUGGACCCAAACAUAUACAGAACAAUGCCGCAGAAGAGGUUGAAGAGAACUCUGAUGAGGAAAGUGUUCAGUGUGUAUGUAAGCAAACCGUGAGCAGCAGUUGCAAUCAGCUAACAAAAAAAUCCUCCUUUCGAAUUAGGGCUGCAAAUUACCGUUCAGGAGACGGGGCCCCGGGCCCAGGCCCGGGCCCGUGUGCUCCCACGGAGGGUCCCGGGAGCUGAGGGCGGCCUGGUCUUGGAAAACCUCCAUUCCUCUCCCAUGUUCAUUUCCUCCCGUGACUCUAUUUCUUUCUGAGGAAAGCAUUUGGUUCUUGAGUUUUUGGCUUUUUUUGUUGUUGUUGUUUCUUUUGUAACAUGAGAAAAACUGUAUUUUUUUUAUAGUAUCGUCAGACUGAAUUGUUUAUGCACCAAAGUUCGUUUUGAAAAGAAAAAAAUUUUUA